CUACUAAAUUCUAAAUAUUUUAGUAUUUUUCUGAGAUUUUUGAUCUUUUAGUGUAGUUAAGAAUUAUGGGUUUUGAUUAUUUCCUGUUUUUUAAAAAUAGGUACUUGAAAUUCCAAUUUUUGUGGAGAAAGUUGCUGUCUUUUUGAGUUUUUAUUUGCCCUUUGAUGAUAAUUUUGAGGGUAUUUUUCUAGUUUUUAAGGAGAUGGACUAACUGGGCCCUGCUUUAUCUGGGUGCUUGUUAAUUUAUUAUAAGGAACUUUUUGUUGGAUCAGAUAUUUACGCUUAUCCUAUAUUCAAAGUAGAAAUAUUUGAUUUAAAGUCAAGUAAUUUCUUGUAAAAUAUAAGAGUACAAUUUAGGAUAUAUAGUUUUGAUUUCAUGAAAGUUAACAAUUUUAAGAAUAAAUGUCUGAAAAGCUUAUUUGAUGAUCACAUAAAAUGAUUCAAAUAUCUCUCUUUGAGGAUAUUUGUUGAUCUGAGAGAAUUCUCCUUUAUGAUUAUGAUUUUUUUUUUUUUUUCCAUAUUCUAAUUAUAAUUUCUUAUGAGUGGGAUAUAUUGGCAGCAUAUAUUUGGUAUGAUGAUAAUAUAAUGAUUCCAGUGACUUUUAAAAAUGAUUUUUGUUCUCAUGUGUGGUUUAGUAAAGUUUCAGGCAAGUAUUGGAAUUCCAUAAGGAGAAAAUGGGUCACUGGUCAUCAAUGUUUAAUGGGUUAGCAAGGUCAUUUUCUAUCAAAAGAGUGAAGAAUUCAGGUAAUGGAGUUGUGGGUAGGGAAGUUGUUGAAGCUAUGGAAAAGGAUGCUAAGAAGAAUGAAUUGAUUUUGAGAUCUUCUGGUGUUGUUAAUGUUGAUGGGUCUAAAAAUUUUGCCUCAGUUUUUACGAGGAGGGGUCAGAAAGGUGUUAAUCAAGAUUGUUGCAUAGUUUGGGAGGAAUUUGGAUGUCAACCGGAUAUGAUAUUUUGUGGAAUUCUCGAUGGGCAUGGUCCUUGGGGUCAUUUUGUUGCAAAACGGGUAAGGGAAUCGAUGCCAUCGUUGUUGUUAUGCAAUUGGCAAGAGUCUAUUGCUCAAAUGGUGCUUGAUCCGGAUUUCGACCGAGAGGUAGAUAAGAAGAUGAAUUGGUUCAGUAUUUGGAAGCGUUCCUACUUAAAGACUUGUGCUAGUGUUGAUCAAGAACUUGAACAACAUAGAAAAAUUGAUACGUUUUACAGUGGAACGACUGCCCUCUCGAUUGUGAGACAGGGUGAAAAAAUUAUCAUUGCCAACGUUGGUGACUCUCGUGCUGUACUGGCUACUACGUCAGAAGAAGGCGACAUGGUGGCUGUGCAGCUUACUAUCGAUUUCAAGCCCAAUUUGCCUCAGGAAGCUGAGCGAAUAACGCAAUGUAAUGGGCGAGUAUUCUGUUUACACGAUGAACCAGGAGUCCAUAGGGUGUGGCUACCUGACGAGGAUGUGCCGGGGCUAGCAAUGUCUAGAGCUUUUGGAGAUUACUGCAUCAAGGAUUUUGGCCUUAUAUCUGUGCCUGAGGUGACGCACAGGAAUAUUACCAGCAAAGACCAGUUCAUUGUGCUGGCAACUGAUGGGGUAUGGGAUGUGGUCUCCAAUCAAGAAGCAAUACAUAUUGUGUCCUCGACUCCUGAUCGAGGCAAAGCUGCCAAGCAAUUGGUUGAUCAUGCAGUCCGAGCAUGGAAGAAAAAGCGACAAGGGAUCGCAAUAGACGAUAUCUCAGUAAUUUGCCUCUUUUUUCGCUCCUCCUCGCCUUCUUCUCGUGAACGGAACCUAUCCCAACUUGAUCUAUUGACUAAAUAACAAAAGAUAAAAGAGCAAAAGCUGUAAAAUGAAGCUGUGAAAAGGUCACACAGCUUGCUUUGUAUGUGUUAAAUAGGCUAUGCUUCAUCUGUAAAAUAUGUGAUUCAUGUGAGUUCACCAAAAAAUAAAAGUUCUUAUUAUCUUCAUACAGAAUGUGCCCUUUUCUCAUCUUUGUGCAUCUCUUUUUAUCCCUUCUCUUUAGCCAAAAACAAUUCAUGGGAUCUAUUAGUUUCAUGGUUUUAUUUCAAACAAACGAGUAUGUGACCUAGUCCGGUAAUAGGCCAAUCUAAUGGGUCGUCCGUCCAUAGGC